AUGCUCAAACCUUUGGUUCUCUCUCUCCUUCAAGUCUUACUUCUCCAAACCCUAGCAUUAACUCUCGCAAUCUCUACUCCACUUUUCAAUAUUUCUCACUUCAGCUACCCGAAGAUCGGUGAAGAACUUCGCCCCGAACCCUCUCUCUUCUUAAAGGAUGUGUUGGAUGUGAUUUCGGAGUGGCAAAAGUGGAAUCUGGAGGACAUUAGGGUUUCGAAAUUGGAUGUGAGGAAGGCCAAGUAUGGGACUUUGCAGAGGUAUGAGAUUCGGAUUCGAUUUGGGAAGGGCAAGUUGGUUUUCAAAUUGUUGGACGAAGAGUCUGUGUGGAAGAAGUUUAAGACGGGGAGAGGUGAUUUUGAGUCUUUGGUUAAGGAAGUUGGUUCCAAGGCAGUGCUCGAUGCGUUUCGAGUGCAAGGGCCUUUUGAAUUACGCGUUGGUGGAGAUGAUGAACUCUCGCUGAUGUUGCCGCUGAAUACUACCCAUACUGGUCUGAAACGGAUCCUGGUUGGUGAAGGCAUUACUUUAGAAGUGAGAGGUGCUCAGGAAAUGUCUCUGUAUCACGCAUCUGAUCUUCAGCAACAAGUGAAUGGAAGUACUUUAGUUGAUAGGGCGAGAAAUAAUUUUGGGUCAUUUUUGCAUUCAUUAUGUAUGCGGUUACUUCCUCUACGUGUUCUAGGCUCUGCAUCAGUGGUUGCCUACAAAACUCAAAACCCUGAUACCUAUGUUGAAACUGCUUUCCUUUCCAGGGAGACAAUUGAGUUGCUGCCAGCGAAGUGUUACAUUAGACAUAUGUACAAGCAGCGAGGCUGCCCCAUCGAUUCCUUAGGCUUGAGGAUAGCAUUACUUGGAAAAAUUUUCCGGAGUCUAAAACUUAACAGAACCAAUCAGAAUGCAAUUUUGGGUUUUGUGAAUGCAAAAAUAAAAGCAUCCACCAUUUUUAGCUUCCAAUUGGAAAUAGAAAGGGAUAUCAGGAGCAAUGACACUUUCUGGUCUACAGUGGCUGAGUGGAGAACAAGGCCAAUUGUUGAAAGUGCAUGGUUUGAAGUAGUGGCAAGAAUCGAAGCAGAAAGGUUAAAGCCCUUCGUCGUUAAGAAGAUGAAACCUUUCACUGUUGUGGAGUCAUCGGCUUGGAGUAAUUUGAUGUCCAAUGUUUCCUUUACCAAUAUCCCACCAAUACUUGUUCCUCCAGAGGCUCUGACGCUAGAUGUGAAAUGGUAG